CCUGAACCAACACAACAGGGGUCUGCAGUUCAGUUCCUCAAUAUUUUUUUUCGAGACUAGCUGGACUAGAAUAUAUUUGAAGACUAGUUUGGAAUCCAUAAUUAGUGUUAAAACAAGCACAAAUGUAGGCUACUACUGAUCUGAAUUCAGACGGGAUUGCUCGAGGUACCAGCAACAUUACGCAGUGACACGGGGAAGUCAGUUUGCGAAAGAUCAGAAUCGGGAGACGAAAAAAUAAAGUUCCCACGCAAGGCAAAGCCAGGGCAAUCUCCGCGAUGGCGUCCAGCGGUAACGCUGUUUCCAGUCCUAUGGUGAUAUUGGCCCCAAAAACCAAAACCAAAAAGAAACAUUUUGUGCAGCAGAAGGUGAAGGUCUUUCGUGCCAGCGGCCCAGUCUUGAGCGUUUUUAUGUGGGGUGUAAAUCAUUCGGUGAGUAUAAAACGUCAGUUAUGUUGUUAGGUAGCUAAUUUUGACAUUCAGAGUUAGCUGAAGCUAGGUAGCUAGCUAGUUAUCAAACCUAGCAGUCGGCGUAGCUAGCUAACGUUAGCUAUGCGCAUUCAGUAGAAAUGUAACGUUAACUAAACGAACUGUUCCGAGAACAAGCUAGCUAAUGUCUGGUUGAUUGCUAACCACGUUGGCUAGAAUUGUUUGUGUCAGUAACACUAGCUGUAGCAGACUAACUAACCAACUUGCUGCUGGCUAGUAGCCAACUAUCAGCUGACACUGAAGUGUCACGUCAUGGACGGUGUGUUGUGGGCUUUGCUGAGAGAAAAGUUAGCCAGUGUGGUCUCUAGAAAGCAAUGACAGGGCAGCCUGUCAUAAAAAUCAUUUCCAUCUUGUUUGCUAUCGAUCAACUGCAUGUUUACCCCUCAUGAUGAUCCCAUGUUGAAAGUGUAGUAGCUAAUGGGAGUACCGUACUUCUUUCUGUCUGUCUGCAGAUUAAUGACUUAAACCAGGUGCCUGUUCCUGUCAUGCUGCUGCCUGAUGACUUCAAAGCAAACACUAAGAUCAAAGUCAACAAUCACCUCUUCAACAAGUAAUGUUUGCUCACUCUUGUCAAUACUCUCUCUCAUUCAUAUAUAUAUAUAUAUAUAUAUAUAUAUAUAUACAUACAUACAUACAUACAUACAUACAUACAUACAUACAUACAUACAUACCAGUCAAAAGUUUGGACACACCUACUCAUUCAAGGGUUUUUCUUUAUUUUUACUAUUUUCUACAUUGUAGAAUAGUAGUGAAGACAUCAACACUAUGAAAUAACACAUAUUGAAUCAUGUAUUAACACAAAAACUGUUAAACAUAUCAAAAUAAAUGUUAUAUUUGAGAUUCCUUGAUGACGGGGAAUGGUAAGAAGGAGAGUAAACACUGCAAGUUGUUGAUAAUUUGUUCAACUUUCUUUUGCAGAGAGAAUCUACCAGGACAUUUUAAGUUUAAAGAAUACUGUCCCCAAGUGUUUCGCAAUCUUCGGGAGCGCUUCGGAAUUGAGGAUCUAGACUACCAGGUAUGAGUGUUGCUAUGGAAACUCCCACUAGCCCAUACCUCCACCAAUCCAAUGCUUUUAGAUUUGUGAGAAGUAGUGAACCAGUGCAAACUUCAGGAGAAAGGAGAUGUUAUUGGGACACACCGAUGGACUAGGCCAAUGACUAUUAAAACAAUAAAUACUAAGUUGGUCAUCAUCAUGCAGUUGAUUUUAAGUACGCCUGUUUUCUCUCUCAUCCCUGUAGGUGUCGUUGACCCGCAGCCCUCCUGUAAGAGGUGGGGACGCCCAGGGGGAGGGGAUCCUCCUGACCUCCUACGAUCGCACGCUGGUCAUAAAGCAGAUCUCUAGUGAGGAUGUGGCAGACAUGCACGGCAUCCUGUCUGAAUACCACCAGGUAAUGUAAUGACACCCAGGCUUAGUCACUUUAACUCUACCCACAUUAACAUAUUACCUCAAUUACCUCGACUAACCGGUGCCCCCGCACAGGUACCCCCUGUAUAUAGCCUCCUUACUGUUAUUUCAUUUUACUGCUGCUCUUUAAUUAUUUUCUAUUUUCUAUAUUUUACUUAUCUAUUUUUUACUUUACUUUUACUUUUCUUUAAAAACUGCAUUGUUGGUUAAGGGCUUGUAAGUAAGCAUUUCACUGCUUUUUCACAUCAAUUUAGCAGCUAUUCCAAUUGAACUUGGCAUGAAUCAAUUCAUACAUUUUAAUUUGAAAGCCUUGGACUCGCUAUUCCAUGCACCAGAUGUGAAUUUCUGGUUAGCCGAGGAACGAGUUGCCUUGCUCUGUGCUAGUGUUGAAAAAGUGCCUCGGAGUAGGAUUGCUCAUCUAGGGUUAGGUCCUAAACUGAUCCUACAUCAGCACUCAGACUUUGAUGACCUGGUUAUUUAAACAGCCGUGUUAGGCUAGAGCAGGGUUCUUCAAUUCCGGUCCUGGAGGGCCGAAACACCUCUGUUUUUCAUCCUCUCCUUCUAAUCAGGGGCUAAUUCAGACCUGGGACACCAGGUGAGUGCAGUUAACUACCAGGUAGAAAUAAAAAACAGAAGUGUUUCAGCCCUCCAGGACCGGAAUUGAAGAAACCUGGGCUAGAGUGUAUGUGCAUGCGUGCAUCAUUUGUCGCUGAAUGAGCAGAUUAUAAUAAUCGGAGCAGCAGAGCUCUUGAGUGUGCAGUGCCACUGCAUAGUUAUUUUUUUUUUUACAUCUCUAUUGUUGCAUCCCAAAUGGCCCAUAGGGCUCUGGUCAAUAGCAGACCUGCCAACCAGAACACAUUUUGCGUACAAUGUACGUAAUUUGAGGUCAACGUACGUUGGUACAAAAAACUACCCUAAAAUACGCAAAAAUAGGCUUCUAGUUGGCACAUUGUCUUUUUUGACUCAACCGUCUGAAAUUGGAGUUGAGCUAAUCCGAGGAUUUGGGCGAGGAUAAAUAAUCUCUAGCGCUCUGCUCCGGCCCGCCCCCUGUAGUCGUAGUACUAUCAAAGAUGGUAGAUAAAUGAAGAUAUUUCACUCAGGCAGUUUACCAUUGGAAAAUAAUGGUCAGUUCCUGUCUACUUAAGGGGGUGGCUCUCCCAUAGACACUAAUGUGAUAGCAGCAGGGUCUGGUCUACUUAGUUCAUUGACUUCAAUUGAACCAGAAUGAACAAAAAAAAAAAAAUAAUGCGAGUGGGGUGUCUCGCUUUCUCUUCCGUCUCUGGUACAGUUUUCCUCCCUCGAGCUGGAUGGCAGCUCUGAACUUCGUCCGUUGAUACCACUAACAUGUGAGGAAAAAGGGAAAAUGGAGAACAAACUGUUUGCCAAAUACUUUUUCCAAAUUUGUAUGUGCUUGUCAAGCACAUAACCACUAAUAUUUCGUAGUUAGCUCCUUAGCUAAGGCGUCAUUACGACGAAGGUAGUUAGAUACAGCGUUGUUUAGUCAACUAAGUGUGUGUUCGUAAAUUCAAUCUGGAGUGCCAGAUUGCGCUGAGAGUGUGCUCUGGGCGUUUGUAAAUUCAGAGCGUUGUCAGAUUGUCCAUUCAUAAAUUCUGAGCGUUUCGCUCUCGGAACGUUCAGAACGCAAACUGGACGCUCUGGCUGAGGGUUGAUCCGAGCGUUCUGACCUCACAACGGCAGUCAAGCACCCAAGCUAACUGGCUAAUGUUGGCUAUCUUGCUAGCUACUUCCAGACACAAAUGAGAGAACACCUCACUCUGACCAUUUUACUCUCACUUGCAGAGCUGGUUAUCCAGAGCAUUGGUGACUGUAACUGUGCUGCUGGCAACAGCUUUUUUGCUAAAGCUUUUUUUGCCAACGUUUACCAACACCGGCCAUAUUCAACGGGUGUUGAGUGUUCGUAAAUUCAUCAGUUAUUCUGCGCUCUGGCACACUCAGACGUGAGUGCUCUGAAAUCGGAGUAGAUAGCCAGAGUGAAUUUACGAACGCACCCUAAGCAAGAACCCUUUCUUGCCACACAUGCUUUGAUCUCCUCAACAGCAGUAGGCACUAGCGCAUUGACGAGCAAGGAAACGUGCGGUGUUGCCGUAGUUCAGUUUGCGUUGCUGCUUAGAUGUUCCUCUAAUACCGUCCUUCACAGAAAGUUGUGUGUUAGGCCUACUAAUCUUUAACAGUCUAUGUUAAUUAAACAGUUCUGGAUCUGUCCUCUUCAUGUAGCUGUAUGUCAACAGUAGGCUGCUAGUGAUGUGAUAAUAGUCAGUUCACCAAUGACAACGAGGCAUGUUGAAUGAAUGGUAGCCUAGUAGUCAGACCUAACUUGAUGGAUUAGGUCAGGGAUGGAGAUCUGAAACAAGCUCCUAUAGGCCUAGUUCAGUUGUUUCAUAUUCCAAAUAGCCUUCAGUAAACUAGACUACGACAUUACAUCCAGUAAUUGAAUUAUUCCAAAUGUUCUCCCCAAACAAAAUUAAGCAAGUUUACAUUUUCACUGGUAUCCACAUAAAGACAGCUAUUAAUUAGAAUAAUCGUUACCCCUAAAUUUAACCUUGAAAAAUGUGAGUGUCAAUAGCUAGGUUUCCAUCCAAUUGGCGCCAGAUCUUCAUGCAAAUAUUCUAAAAUCCACAUAAAGAAAAUGUUCAUGUGUCGAUAUAAAAAUCUAAAGUUCAAUGUGUUUCCAUCGCAUUUCCAACUCUACCGAUAGUUUUGUCACAAACUGUUGCGUUACAUAGAAAAUGUGCCUAUUCUGGUCUUUGCACGUGCGCUCUAGCCAACAGCUUUAGGGUGGUCUACAUGAUGAGAUUAUUAUGAAUAAGAGCGAGAAUAUUUUUAUUUGUCAAACGGCAGUCAACCAUUGAUCAUCAUGUCACCAGAAUAAUACCCUCUGGGAGCAUCAAGAUCACCGUGCACAUUCACCACCCUGUGAAGUUCAUCAUAACUUAGUUGAUCUGUAGCCUAAUAAACUGCAUGGUUUCCCUAGUCAUAGUGGGAUGACCACACACCACGAUUUCUCGCAUUUUACCAACACAAAAAGAUCCCACCAUGUCGAACAAACAAAUUAUCUGUCGGCAUAUAAAAUUGUACCAAAACGGCUGUCGUGAUUUUUUUAAAUAUUUUUUUAUAUGGUAUGACUCUACUUCCAUAACAAUUUUGGAUGGAAAAGUGGUUAAUGAGACCACCUCAAUUUAAUUUAGGAUCAAACACAAUACUUCUUUGUUGGCUACAUUGUUUGAUAUAAACUGAACAAAAAUAUAAACGCAACAGGUAAAGUGUUGGUCCCAUGUUUCAUGAGCUGAAAUAAAAUAUCCCAGAAAUGUUCCAUAUGCACAAAAAGCUUAUUUCUCUAAAAUGUUGUGCACAGAUUUGUUUACAUCCUUGUUAGUGAGCAUUUCUCCUUUGCCAAGAUAAUCCUUCCACCUGGCAUGUGUGGCAUAUCAAAAAGCUGAUUAAACAGCAUGAUCAUUACACAGGUGCACCUUGUGCUGGGGACAAUAAAAGUCCACUCUAAAAUGUGCAGUUUUGUCUCACAAUGCAAUGCCACAGAUGUCUCAAGUUUUGAGAAAGUGUGCAAUUGGCAUGCUGACUGCAGGAAUGUCCACCAGAGCUGUUGCCAGAUAAUUUAAUGUUAAUUUCUCUACCAUAAGCCGCCUCAAACGUCAUUUUAGAGAAUUUGGCAGUACGUCCAACCGGCCUCACAAACGCAGACCACGUGUAUGGCGUCAUGUGGGUGAGCAGUUUGCUGAUGUCAACGUUGUGAACAGAGUGCCCCAUGGUGGGGUUAUGUUAUGGGCAGGCAUAAGCUACGGACAACGAACAUAAUUGCAUUUUAUCAAUGGCAAUUUGGAUGCACAGAGAUACCAUGACAAGAUCCUGAGGCCCAUUGUCGUGCCAUUCAUCCGCCGCCAUUACCUCUUGUUUUAGCAUGAUAAUGCACGGCCCCAUGUCGGAAGGAUCUGUACACACAUCCUGGAAGCUGAAAAUGUCCCAGUUUUUCCACGGCCUGCAUACUCACCAGACAUGUCACCCAUUUAGCAUGUUUGGAUGCUCUGGAUCCACGUGUACGACAGCGUGUUCCAGUUCCCGCCAAUAUCGAGCAACUUCGCACAGCCAUUGAAGAGGAGUGGGACAACAUUCCACAGGCCGCAAUCAACAUUCUGAUCAACUUUAUGCGAAGGAGAUGUUGCGCUGCGUGAGGAAAGUGGUGGUCACAACAGAUACUGAAUGGUUUUCUGAUCCUCGACCCUACCUUUUUUUAAAGGUGUGACCAACAGAUGCGUAUGUGUAUUCCCAGUCAUGUGAAAUCCAUAGAUUAGGGCCUAAUGCAUUUAUUUCAAGUGACUGAUUUCCUUAUAUGAACUGUAACUCAGUAAAAUUGUUGCAUGUUGCGUUUAUAUUUUUGUUCAGCAUAAUUUAAGACUAGGUUUCAGGAAAUGGCGGUUUACAGGGCUUUCAAAAAAGCUAAAUGCCCCAUCUUCCUGAGCGGGAAGUUGACUGACCCCUUCAGGACCUCCCCACUACCCAACCUUAGGCCUACAUCUGCACCACCUUGUCAGAAAAUCCUAGGGAGAGCCCUGAUUGUACAUUUCAACGUAUUUCUAGUGAGCUACUGAAGAGCAGCCAAUAAUUACAAAGUACCCAUAAGUCUAUAGCCUACCAUUCCUACUGAGGCAGUCUUCUGCCAACAUCAUUAUUAGGCAAAAAAAAUUGAAUUUGCCUAUGAUUUGAGCGGUGUGGCGUGCGUGCCGUCGUGGGGUCUGCAGGGCCGGGGGUGCCGCCGCCACAUUGAAUUACUACUCAUUCUUCAAGGUUGGCAGGUCAUCAAAAGUAGUGCACUAUAUAGGAAAAGUAGGUUGCCAUUUGGGACUCAGCUUAUGUGUCCUGGGGGCUUUGUUUACCUUGCAUCCCAUCCACAUUGCCACUGCUGCUCAUUUUGGCUCCAUGCAGACUGCAAAGAAUAGAAGCGGAGAAUAUAAAUGGUACAGUACAGUCUUUUCAAAGCAUCAUAUCUUUUGUUAGCAUUCUGCUAGCUACAUUGUGUUCCAGUCAGGAGACUCUGAAUGAGGUCAGUUUAAAGUGUGUCCCUUUUUAAUAGAUCACAGUCUGAGUGGGGACCCAUUUGUAACCUGGAUAGAGAGAAGGAGGGAAAGGAAGAGAGAGUAAGGCAGAGGAAGAUGGAGAGAGCAAUUUGGUUGAAAAACAGUUUGAAAAACAUUUCAAUUUCAUCUUCAACCAGGGGUGAAAGAAAGGAGUCGUGAAUGCAUAAUGAAUGUACUUUGUACAGUACUGGUGUGUGCUUUUGACCACGGCACUAUGGGUGCCAAUUCAGACACAACCAUAGUCUAUUUGCCAUUCAUUCUUUCCCGUCUUCUCCCUGGCUGCAGCACAUAGUGAAGUGCCACGGCAGCACUCUGCUGCCCCAGUUCCUGGGGAUGUACCGUGUGGGUGUGGAGAAUGAGGAGACCUACCUGAUCGUCAUGAGGAACAUGUUCAGUCACAGACUGGUGGUGCACAGGAAGUACGACCUUAAGGUGAGCGGGAGUGACGCACGCAAACACACACACACACCCAAGCGCACACACACACAGUACAACGUCAAGGUGAGAGAGAGAGACACAAACAUCCAGGUUUUCCAGAAAUCCUGAUUGGAGGAUUUCCCGAUUUUUUUUUGCUUAUUCCCUUCUAAUUCCGGGAAUCUUCCAACCGGGAUUUCUGGAGUCCUGGGCAUUUUGGUAAAGUUACAGGUUGUUCCGUUAGCUACUUCAUGAUUUCCACGCAGAGGUCAUAGAAUCCCUGACCUUGCCUAUUAACCUCUUAUCUUAUUGCUACUCAGGGCUCUCUGGUGUCUCGUGAAGCAAGUGACAAAGAGCGGGUAAGACGACUAAGAAUGUGUAUGUCACCCAACCAACCAUACAUGUGAAAAUUGCCUUUCUAAGGGACUAGUCUUAUUAAGCACCCACAGUACAUUUUGUCAUUUCAUGUCAUUACUUUCUUGAGAAAGUUUGCAUGUGUCUGUUUCAAUGUUUCAUAACUGUCCCUCAGGUGAAAGAGCUCCCCACCUACAAGGACAUGGACUUCAGAAACAACAUGCAGAAGGUGUACGUGAGCGAGGAGCAGAAGGAAAGGGUCAUGGAGAAACUCAACAGAGAUGUGGAGGUAAGGUGACCUCCACAGAACUAGAAGGGGGACUAGAACUAUAAUUCAUAUUUGAAUGUUUUCAGUUCUAGAACCUGCCUUCCUAUUCUAGGAAUCUACCACAAGGUGGUAGUAGAUACAUUCUGUUUUUUACCGUGAUACCACCAUCUCCGUCCAUAGUGAUCGUUUGGUGUGUGUCCUGUCCUGUAGUUUCUGGUCAAGCUAAAGAUCAUGGACUACAGCCUGCUGUUGGGUAUCCAUGAUGUGGGGCGGGCUGAGCGGGAGGAGGAGGAGGGAGAGGAGCCCUCCAAUGAGGAGGAGGGGGAGACUGAGAAUGGCCACACGCAGGCUGCUAAUGUUGGCUCCUACGGUACGUCUCCUGAGGGCAUCGCUGGCUACAUGGCCUCCUGCAAGCCCCUGGGGCCCGGGGAGUUUGACCCCUACGUGGAUGUGUACGCCGUGAGGAGUGCCCCUGGUAAGUUCAAGGCAAAGUUGGGAAAUUACAUGGUUGGGGUCAAUUCAAUCAAUUCAAGCAAUUGGGUUCUCAAUUUACUUACUGAAUUUAAUUCACUUAAAUAGAAUUUACUCUAAUCAUGGAUUUACAGUUACACUGCAAUUUGGGUAAUUUGUGUUUUUGAGCAGUGGCUAUUCCACAUCUCUCUGUCUGUUUCCCCCUCAGGAGCCCCUCAGAGGGAGGUGUACUUCAUGGGUCUGAUAGACGUUCUGACACAGUAUGACACCAAGAAGAAAGCCGCUCACGCAGCCAAAACUGUCAAGCAUGGGGUGAGUGAAAAGGGAGAAGGAAAGGGGGUUAGGGUCUGUCCUAUUAGAUCAUUUAGAUUCAGAAUGCCAGGGAUAUAUUGUAAAAUGAGAUUUUAAUUCAGCAACACCUUUCAUUCACCUUAUAAGAUGCAAUGGGAUUCUCAUUGUAUACUGUGUGCAUUACUGCUUGUCUAACAUCAUUCCCUAUUCAUAAAUAAUUGAAAGUUACCUAUUCCCAAAUAAAUGUCUUAUUUUCCCUGGGUUUCCAAUGUUGGGCUGGUCACAUCUCUGAGAUUAGAGGGUUAAGGGUCUCUCAUUUGUUCAACUAUAACUGUAAAAUUAGCAUUUCAUUGAUACUUUUCAUUCCCAAUAAGAUGUUCAGUCUGACGUUAUCCCUUCUCUAUGCCUCUACAGGCUGGUGCUGAAAUCUCCACUGUCCACCCAGAACAGUAUGCCAAGCGAUUUCGGGAUUUCAUCUCUAACAUCUUUGCAUAGCAGGACAUUAUAACCACCACUGAUACAACCAAACUUUUCCCAUUUAGAUUUGAAUGUUUUCUUUUUCUUUCUCUAUUUUACUUUUGUUCUGCUGUACAUUUAUAUCAUGAAACAUUGCCCCAAACAAUGUAAACACACAGAUUAUUUUAGUCUGAUCUCACACCAGACUCUUUCCAUUGUUGUAAUGUAUUACUGACUGAUACAUAUUUAUAAGAAGAAUGUGAUUCCACAUUGAUAAGCACUCUGACUGACUGACUUUGGAGCCAAAGUGUACUUUGUCUAAUACUGCUGCUUGUGUCCUAGAGAUGUUACACUGAAAAGGAUUGAUUAGACUUAAUGGGACAACCUGAGAUUGAUACAUUGACUGCUUUGUUGUUUGAAUCCCAGAUUGCCCCUUUAACCCAGGCAGUUGAAAUCCUGGGUCGUGUCCAUUUUAAGCACCAGACAGGAGAAAAGGUUUGAAACUGAGUGAAACAGGAAGGUACAAUACUACCAAUGACUAGGUACUAACUACCUGAACUUGUCCAAUAAG